UUCGUGCAAUUAAUUCGACCCCAAAGCCACCACCCCUAGCCCUGUCUCUCUCUCUCUCUCUCUCUCUCUCUCUCUCAAAGCCUUCUCUUUCUAAAUCUCCUCUUCGCCUACAAAUAUGAGAAGGCUUCUCUUCUUGGUUUGCAGAUUAUUCUUCUAUUCUAAGAUUGUUUUGAUUUGACAAUACACCCACAAAUUGUUACUCUUCUUAAACAACGCAAAUUCACUCUUCCUCAUUAUCUCCAACCAUUAAAGCUUGUAUUUUGCAGACAAUUUUCUGUUCAUUUAAUAUACACAGGGUGAAUCUUGUAUUGGAGGCAUAGUUUCUCCAUGGGAGAGGCCCCAGCUUUCUUUGUUGAUGAUCUGCAGAAUGGAUGUGGCUUAAAAUAUAAGGACUGUGAAACAGCCAUUCCCAAUCAAGAUAAGACGUAUGUCAUUGGUGGUAGUGAUGAUGAAUCUUCAUCAUCUAUUGGAGUUCGAAUUUAUGAUGAAGCUACUGGGAAUUGGGAAAUUCCAAUUGUGCUGGGAACCAAACCUAAGCCAUGUAAAAGUCACUCAGCUGUAUCAUUGAACGAAGAUCGGAUUUUGAUCAUUACGAAAGGAUCCUCAGCAGAUGACUGCAUUUGGUUUCUUGAGGUGGACACUCAAUAUGUUCGGGAGCAGAAAAAAAUUUUGGGGAGAGAGGUGGUGGCCUGGAGUAAGGGUGUGGGGGGCAAUGUUCAUAAGCCAGUUGUCAUAAGUGGUCCUUCAGGUGUAGGUAAGGGGACAUUAAUAUCAAUGCUUAUGAAGGAAUUUCCAACCACGUUUGGAUUUUCUGUAAGCCACACGACUCGUGCUUCAAGGGGCAUGGAGAAAGAUGGAGUGCACUACCAUUUCACUGAGAGAAGUGUUAUGGAAAAAGAGAUAAAAGAUGGGAAAUUUCUCGAGUUUGCUUCUGUUCAUGGAAAUCUCUAUGGAACCAGUAUUGAAGCUGUUGAGGUGGUGGCCGAUGCAGGGAAGAGAUGUAUUCUCGACAUUGAUGUUCAAGGGGCGAGAUCUGUGAGGGCUAGCUCUCUGGAAGCAAUUUUCAUCUUCAUCUGUCCACCCUCAAUGGAGGAGCUUGAGAAGAGACUUCGUGCAAGAGGAACUGAGGCAGAGGAGCAGAUCCUUAAGCGACUUCGAAAUGCAGAGGCAGAGAUGGAACAAGGGAAGUCAUCAGGCAUCUUUGAUCACAUUUUGUAUAAUGAUGAACUUGAAGAGUGUUACGAAAACCUUAAGAAACUCUUGGGGCUUGAUGGAAUAUCUUAUAAUGUCAUUCCAGGACCCCAAAGGAUUAAUUUGCCUCAGGACCAUUCAGUAUCCAAGAUUGAUAAUAAGAUCAUCAUAAAUUAUGGAACACCAGAACUAGAGAAAGCAUCAAAGAACUUGAUUGUUUUGGAUGUAUCCUCACUCAAGGGAGGGGCGCCUGGACGAACAAGGGGACUUGACGUGUAUGCGAUAGACUCAUUUUCGGAUGGAUUGAAUGGGAUCAAUCAGCCAAGCUAACACAUAAUACCUCCCUCAUUGGUUCUAACUUGGUUUGCCAAGUUCAUAAUUUUUCUGCAGCAUUUGCUUAUAGAAGUAAGGAAGGAAAAGUGACAAAAAGCUCUAGCUAUGACUUUGCGCAAUAAUCGCAUAUGUUGGUUCUUGUUGUUUACCUUUUUUGUUUUAUCCAUUCUUUGCCUUGUUCUAGAAAAGAGGAAUAUUACUGGGAUUAGCAUAUGAAUAAUUGCAUUUGCCUUAAUGAGCAAUGAGAGAUGAUUUAUGAUUGGUGCGGCAAAUGAAAGCGAUCAUGGCCGGCCGGCUUCUUGUGUUCUCGUGCUGUUUCUUUUGGCAUCUUAUGUGCAUUUAGUCAAAUUACAUGUCAAAUUGGCAAACUUUAAUCAAUAGAAGCAGUGAAAAAGGCGAGAUCUUUGAUGUUCCAUGUUCAAGAUGGCGUUUGCGUGAAGGGGAGAAAAUGGAAGGAAAGAUUCUUCUUCUUACAAUUCUAAAUUCAAAUGGAUGAUAGAGUUUUACACUCACUGAUUGUCUAUGGGACCUCUGAUGCUUGUCCUUAACUGAGAGAUAUCUAAAUUCUUAGACAGAUUCUCUUGUUGUCUAUUUUACGUGGGACUUACAUUCACGUUUCUGGUUGGCCUAGAUUGUUCAAUUAGAGUUGACAUGUGUAUUCUCAAUGGGAAUUCAUUUUUGUGGUUAGUGGAUCCAAGAUUUUUCUUUUUUAUAUAUAAAAAAAUGGCUGAAUUUUCUGA